AGUAGAUGAGGGGCACAAAGACAUGGGUGCAACCUGUGCCCCUCCUACAAAUAGUCCUCCUUGGAGCCCAAGCAGACAACAAGAAGGAGGCAUGGAGGAGGCAACAAGGACUAAGACACCACCGCCAACAUCUACUCCUAUGCUUGAAGCCCCUCCUCCACCGAGCAAGAAUGCAGGCAUGACCGCCACACUGCUCCCGUACACUACUACAUCUGAAAGGCCUACAAAUACUCUCCAGAUCAAUCUAUUUCCCGAGGCGGAAGACUGUCCUGGCCACUAUGAGCUUGGAAAGUUCAUGCUACCUAAGGCCCAGCUCAUCGACGAUGAAAAGUGGGAUACAAGGAAGUUCCACCUGUGGUAUAUGGAAGCGGCAAAAGCCGGGAUGACAGGUUUCACCGUCAAGAUUCUCUCGGAGUUGUUCCACUUGCCCGGUGCCGAUAUUCAGCUGCCUGUGGACUUCCAGGACAUGUACAACCUAUUGCGGGAAGAAGACCUUGACAUCGUCCAAAUCACCUUAUUCUCUCUGUUGACGAUCACUAUUAGCAACAAAAGGCACCAUCCUAUCCUAUACCUCUCUCCAAUGCAUAUUGCUGAGAGAGUGAUCAAGGGUUUCCAGAUAACGGACCCAGAGUUGACCGUGCGGCAGAGGGAAAAGAAGUACGAAGAAAACAUGAAAGAGGAGAAGAAAAAAUUGUCAAGGUACAUCUUUGAGGUAAUGAAGAAGCUCAACCCGGAUGGGCCGCAUUGUAUUAUGGCUGCCUACCACUUUGGAAAUGACCUAGCCGGCGGCCACUGGGUUGCCUUCCUCGUCUAUCCUCAAGAUGGCCGGGCUGUUAUAUUUGACUCGUUACAGGUACCGAACAAAAAGGGGUACAAGGCCAUCGAAGACUGCUUGAAAAACGCUUAUAGUGCAUAUCUCAAGGAUCCGCAAUGCUGGGAUCGGAGAACGGAGAAAUUCAAAAAGAGGCAUAAGCACCACCUCAAAAUCCGAUGUGAUUUCCCCUGCGCCAAACAACCCUUGGGAUCAAAGGCAUGUGGCUUGUACACCUGCGAGAACCUAAGGGAAAGCAAGGAGUACACCAACAGCUGGAAGAAGCUCAAAGAAGCAGUGAAGAAUCGUGGUGAGACGAUGAAGAAUGAACGCCAAGCUUUUAAGCAAAUCAAGGCGGACAUCUGUAAGUUCAUUCUAGAGAAAUGCGUGCUCCAAGGCGAACCAUUCUUCGACAAUGAAGGUGAAUUGGCAGUUCGACCAGAGUUCGAGAAGCUUAGUAGAUGGGACACCAUGCUACGGCCGACGGAUUACACCCACGCAGUAGAAUUGUGAUGUGUAGCGGAUUCGCGGGUUUCAUAUGUGUAUAUGUGGAUGAUGAGAACAACUAAGUGGAUUUAUAUAUUAUGUUGUGUCUUA